ACAUCAUCAAUUAGUCCCCGAAUUUAACCUCAUAGGUUUUUAGAAAGAUUGGUUUUGCAACAUUUAUUCCAUAAAAAUGAACAUAAAAACAAGAAGAUACAAAUAGAAAACGUACUGAUGCCUGAUUUUCCUCUUUGCUAAUUCGCACAAAAAAAUUAAUAAAAAAUAAAAAUCACCCACUUUUGCCUGACAGACCUUCCUGCGAAUCUAAUUUUAAAUCGAUUCACUGACAAAGAUUGUUUGGGUUCAGCAUGGCUGCUGAAAGCGAGAAGAAACGCAUUCUAGAGAUGGUCCAAGCUGAUGGUUCUGAUGAGGGCAGUGUGACAUUUGUGAUGCAUGAUGAAGACCACACCCUGGGGAACUCACUGCGAUAUAUGAUCAUGAAAGAUGAGUCUGUUGAGUUUUGCGGCUACACUAUCACCCACCCAUCAGAGAGCAAGAUCAACUUUCGCAUUCAGACACGAGAUGGAACUCCAGCAGUGGAGCCUCUGAGGAGAGGCCUGACUGAGCUCAGAGAUGUUUGCCAGCAUGUUCUCAACACUUUUGAGGAAAAAGUAAAUGAGUUCAAAGAGAAGCUGGAGGAACCCAUGGAAUGAAGACCAUCAGCCCAAAGAAAUCAACAUAUGAUCCUGUGUAUACAGUAUGUCUUAUUUAUGUAGUGUAGUUUUAUACAGUUGGCAAAAAAUAACAAUGAAUGAAAUGACCCUAAACGUAACAAUGCAGUGAAAGGUAAUGUAUUCACAUAUAUCGAGUAUAAUUUCUUCAAUUACACCAAGACAAUCAUUCUUUUUGGUAUUUUUUUUUUUUUUAUAACAUAGCAUUGAUGUGAUUCUUGGAACAAAAAAUGUUCUCAUCUGUUCUUUUGAAGAGGUGUUUGACAUCUGAAGGAAACUUUGGAUCUUAAGCUAUCAAUUAGCUGAAGAAUGUGUCUUGAGCCGCCAAGACAGAGGCCUAAAAAGAAUGAUGGUAGUGAAGCAUCCACAAUACCAGUUAAGAUAUUUGGGUUUUAACAUGAAUGUCCCACUGUUGGUUACAUGUAUAAAAAAAAUAAAAAAUGUAUGGCCGCAUGUGUGGCUUGCGGCAAAUCGAACUUUGGAAUUAUUGUUUCCAAAAAAUGGGAAUUACAUAUGCAGUUCCAACUGUUUUUUGUUUUCUUUUCAUGUUUGGUGUAUUAAUGCACUCAGAGGCCUUUUAAAUGCCUAAUCUACAUCUUUGAUG